AUGUACAACCUCUCUGGCCAAGCCCUGCAGGUCCGGAUGGAGAACAUCACUUGUGGUGACAACAGCAGCAGCAGUAGUGGUACCUCCAACUCCACAGACCAGGAGCAAUGGGGAAGCCCCUACAAGACUGUGGAACUCAUCUUCAUUGCCAUAGUGACCGGGUCUCUAAGCCUUGUCACUGUGGUGGGCAAUAUCUUAGUGAUGUUGUCCAUCAAGGUCAACCGGCAGCUCCAGACAAUCAACAAUUAUUUCUUGUUCAGCUUAGCUUGCGCAGACCUGAUUAUUGGAGCCUUCUCAAUGAACCUGUACACCGUAUACAUUAUUAAGGGAUACUGGCCACUAGGGGCACUGGUGUGUGAUCUCUGGCUUGCUCUGGAUUAUGUGGUCAGCAACGCGUCCGUGAUGAACCUGUUGAUCAUAAGUUUCGAUCGUUAUUUCUGUGUCACUAAACCCCUGACGUAUCCGGCCAGGAGGACAAUCAAGAUGGCAGGACUAAUGAUUGCUGCUGCAUGGCUCCUAUCCUUUAUCCUCUGGGCACCUGCUAUUUUAUUCUGGCAGUUCAUAGUAGGGCAGCGUACUGUCCCUGAAAGGGAGUGUUACAUUCAGUUCCUCUCCAACCCAGCUGUGACCUUUGGGACGGCGAUCGCUGCUUUCUACCUGCCGGUGGUAAUCAUGACAGUCUUGUAUAUCCACGUCUCGCUGGCCAGCAGGAGCCGAGUCAGGAGACCCAAACCAGAAGUGCAGAAAGAGAAAAAAGCAAAGUCAACUAAUUUUUUCAAAAGCCACAUCAAACAGAACAACAACAACUCCUCGAAGCUGAAUACAGAGGCGGGUGCAGCAGACACAGUAAAGAAUGGGAAAGUGGAAGAGUCUGUGUCCACAAAGGUGGAGUCUAUGGUCCAUCCAGAGGGGAAGGAGAGCUCCAAUGAUCCCAGUACAGCUAGCAUUGCUCCAAAAGGCACAAAAGACAAAACCAACAGUGAGAUCAUCCCCAGCGGACAAAGCACUAAACCCAUACGAAUGAACCCUGAUUCCAAAUGGUCCAAGAUUCAAAUUGUCACCAAGCAAGCAGGGAACGAGUGUGUCACUGCCAUUGAGAUAGUUCCAGGGGCUGGACCCAAGAACAACUCUGUGCCCGAGAACCGGCAGGGCACUGUGGCUAGGAAGUUUGCCAACAUUGCCAGGAGCCAAGUCCGAAAAAAGCGGCAAAUGGCAGCAAGGGAGAAGAAAGUAACCAGAACAAUCUUUGCCAUCCUUCUGGCUUUCAUUGUAACAUGGACUCCUUACAACGUAAUGGUGCUAAUCAACACUUUUUGCCAAUCGUGUGUUCCUGACACUGUUUGGGUUAUUGGGUACUGGCUGUGUUAUGUCAACAGCACCAUCAAUCCAGCAUGCUAUGCCCUUUGCAAUACUACCUUCAAAAAGACCUUUAAAAAACUACUCAUGUGUCAGUACAAGAACAUUAGUUCAAGGUAAACCAGAGGACAGUUACACCUUUCAUUGAACAUUGAAGCUUUUGGUGGAAUCCACAGUUGCUUGUGAAUUAAC